AUGCGCGGGGCGGCAGCGACUCUCCGCGGCAAGGGGAGGCCCCGGGGGCGGACAAGGGGCGCCACGCCCGCCCCCGGCAACCACACAGGCACAUGUGUUCAGCUGCGACUGCCCCCGCAGGGCACCUUCCAAGUCCUUCGUGGUGAUGGUGCUUCCGUGGGAACUGUGCUUCUAUUCCACUGUCCCUCCGGUCAUCAGAUGGUGGGGUCUGGCCUCCUCACCUGCAUCUGGAAGGGGAGUGUUGCUGAAUGGUCUUCAGGAACCCCUGUGUGCAAGUCUAUACCACCACAUGAGACCUUCGGCUUCAAGGUGGCCGUGAUUGCCUCCAUUGUGAGCUGCGCCAUCAUCCUCCUCAUGUCUGUGGCCUUCCUCACCUGCUGCCUCCUCAAGUGUGUGAAGAGGAGUGAGCAGCGGCGCUCCAACAGGUCAGCCCAGCUGUGGUACCAGCUGAGAGGCGAAGACUUGGAGACAGUUCAGGCUGCGUACCUUGGCCUCAAGGGCCUGAGCAGCAACAGUACCAGCAGCAGCAAGCCUGGGAGCUGGCCCAUCCAGGCGCAUGACAACCACAGCUUCACUAUAGACCAUGGCGAGAGCAUCAGUGAGCUGGCAGGUGUGACCCAUGUCAUGGACAAGAACCCCUGGACUCUUGGACCCAGAGCUCUGAGCCCUGGUGGCCUCCCCAGCUCACCUCGAGCCCAGGUGAUGGCGCACACAGGGAACCCAGGAAAAACCGUGCCUGUUGCUGGGCUGGCCUCGGGAAUGCUGAGACAACCUGCAGUGUACACCCCAGGGUGACUGGGGAGUGAGACCAGUGCCCACCCUCCACACUGGGUGGGGGCCAAGCAGACCCCACCAGCCAGUCACCUAUUACUUUACCUGUGUCCAGCUUGAGAUUGGUCAGUGACAUCAGAUUGCACGUGUAGAGACCCCUCAGGGGGCCGAACUAACAGCAAAGACUGAGGACCCCAACACGGAGUGUUGUCCCAAAGGAGCCCAUUUUGUAGCGAUUUUUAUAGCUAUGGCUUACCGGAAACCACUACUAAGGUUAAGAUACCACCUGCAACCUCCUUCCAACUAGGGUUCCUUUAAGGAGGCUAGGAGAUGUUUUAAGCAAAUUAGUUUUGCAUAGUACAACAAUAAACAAUAAACUUCUUUUCAGUGAUUA